AUGGACUCCCGUUCUUCUAGCCCGACCUCGGGCAUCACAUUUAACAAUGUGCAAAUUCGUGAUUCUAUUUGCGAUCCCUAUCUCGAUGCACUCGUGGAAUGUUAUAAAAACGGCAACAAUUCCAGGCUAGAUGAAAGCCACGCAAAUAGUGUUGGAAAUGUUGGUACAGAGAAUUGUGAUCCCCCAGAUCAUGACUUUAUCCAUGAAGAUAUUGUUUCCGACAACUUUGUUACAACCAACCAACCCUCAACUAUAUCCUCCACCUACAUGUACGAGCAAGAACCUUUUGACACAUACCGCACUAAAGUCAAUCAGUUGUGUAUUGAUAUAGGCUUUGGCGAACCAUCAACUAUAGAGCAUGUGGAUGGAGGAAAUUACAAUCGGGUGAUUGGCUUGUCGUUCAAAAUUGACUCUGAGAUUCAGCGACGUAUUCUACGGAUCCCGCGAAAAUGGGAUGCAUGGUCGAAACAGACUGAUAUCCAAAACCAGGCCGAAAUUAUUAUGUGGCUUCAACGAUUUGCAUUCCUUCGCGUACCUAAGGUUUUAGCCAUAGAUACGACCGCUGAAAAUUCUCUCAAACCACCAUUUGUGCUACAAGAGAGGGUUUAA